AAAAGGAGCUCCCAGGAGGAACUCCGCUCCCCAGUCUUCCCAGUUCCUGCCCUUCUGUGAGGAGGCCCAGCCUGGAGCAUGCUGCAGGACGGGAUCAGCAGUGUGAAUCAGCUGGGGGGGCUCUUUGUGAAUGGCCGGCCUCUGCCCCUGGACACCCGGCAGCAGAUCGUACAGCUGGCCGUCAGCGGGAUGCGGCCCUGUGACAUCUCGCGGAGGCUUAAGGUAUCUAAUGGCUGUGUGAGCAAGAUCCUAGGGCGGUACUACCGCACAGGUGUCUUGGAGCCCAAGGGGAUUGGGGGAAGCAAGCCACGCCUGGCCACACCACCUGUGGUGGCUCGAAUCGCCCAGCUGAAGGGUGAGUGCCCAGCCCUCUUCGCCUGGGAGAUCCAACGCCAGCUCUGCGCUGAAGGGCUUUGCACCCAGGACAAGACCCCCAGUGUCUCCUCCAUCAACCGAGUCCUGCGGGCGAUACAGGAGGACCAGAGAUUCCCCGGGGCACAGCUCAGGUUGCCAGCUGUUUUGGCUCCAGUUCCUCCAACGCCACCUAGCGGCUCCGAGGCACCCCGGGGUCCCCACCCAGGGACAGGCCACCGGAAUCGGACGAUCUUCUCCCCAGGCCAAGCUGAGGCGCUGGAGAAAGAGUUCCAGCGUGGGCAGUACCCUGACUCAGCGGCCCGCGGGAAGCUGGCUGCGGCCACCUCUCUGCCUGAAGACACGGUGAGGAUCUGGUUUUCCAACCGAAGAGCCAAAUGGCGCCGACAAGAGAAGCUCAAGGGGGAAAUGCGGUUUCCAGGUGCUUCCCAGGACCUGACUGUACCAAGUGCCUCCCCAGGGACCGUCUCUGCACAGCAACUCCCCGGCAGUGUGUCCACAGCGGUCCUACCUGCCCUGGCAUCCUUGGCUGCCUCCAGCUAUCCGCGGUUCUGGGGGACAGCAUCAGACAGAUGUCUGAGUGACACUCCACCACAAGCCUGUCUCAAGCCCUGCUGGGGUGAGAAUCCAGGCCAGCCGAGCUCCCUGGAUUCACUCCUGCUUUGCCAUCCUUGCCAUUCCUUCCUCUGCCCCAUCGCCAGUCUUGGUACCCAUCAGGUCUUGCUUUGGCCUGGCUCCCCACUUCGAGGCCUGGGAUGAGGGAGGCGGUCCAGAGUGGAAAGGAGAUGGGAUGGGAAGGAUCUGAUACCGCCUGCCCAAGCAGAGCACCGCUCCUUCCUCCUUCCUGUGUCUCCUCCCCAUCUGUGGACCUUGCCCUUCUUAUAUGUCACCUGAUUGCAGAAGCCGUGCCCACCCACUUCUCACACUGGCCUUAAGACGCUUCCAGUUGGCAGUGAUAAAAACAUCUUUUAAAUUAGCAGUAGUUCUGUUGUCCAUCAUGUUUUUCUCAUGAGCACUCAUAAUCCCACCCCUAUAUUUAACAAUUAUAAAGUUUGCCAUUGGGCUUCCCUGGUGGCGCAGUGGUUAAGAAUACGCCUGCCAAUGCAGGGGACACGGGUUCGAGCCCUGGUCCAGGAAGAUCCCACGUGCCGCGGAGUAACUAAGCCCGUGCACCACAACUACUGAGCCUGUGCUCUAGAGCCCACGAGCCACAACUACUGAGCCUGAGCGCCGCAACUAUUGAAGCCCAUGCACCUAGAGCCCGUGCUCCGCAGCAAGAGAAGCCACUGCAAUGAGAAGCCUGCACACCGCAACGAAGAGUAGCCCCCGCUCGCUGCAACUAGAGAAAGCCCGCGCGCAGCAAUGAAGACCCUGCACAGCCAAAAAAAAAAAAAAAAAUGUUUGCCAUCUAUCUAUCUAUCUAUCUAAUUUAGUUAUCUAUGUAACUAUCUAGUUAUCAUCUAAUAUAUUUAUGUGUCUAUAUAAUUAGGUAUCUAGCUAUUAUCUAUCCAAUCUAUCUAAUCUUUGUAUUUAUCUAUGUAUAUAUAUAUCUACAUAUGUAUGUAGAUAUGUAUCUAUCUUGGUGUUUGGGUGCUCAUAUACCCACAUGUAUGCA